AGUUGAAGUACUUUGAUUGGUUAGUAUGCUGUUCACCAUGGUAAUAGUAAAUCAAAAAAUCCUUUUAGCUUUAAAGUCAUCUGGUUUUAAUGCUGCAAGUGCAUUAUGAACUACCAAACUGAUCAUGAAAAGCCUGAUACUUAUGUCAGUUUUGAUUUCACUUUCAUUAUACCUCAUGUUUGUAUCUUAUAUUGGUGUUUUCCGUUUAUGGAAAUGAUGCAAUAACUCCCAAUCAGCCACCCCAACCAAAAAGGAAAAAGUACAAAGUGAAAAUAUAAAUACUCCAGUUUGUUGGACAUGACCUUCACUUUACUGAGUAUAUCUGCUAUCUUUGAAUUUCUGUUUGCUUCAAAGCUCUCUUAAUCUCCCCCCCCCCCCCCCCCCCCCCCCCCCCCAAGAAUUUUUAAAAGAAGAUGUCCUACGAGAAAUUCAAUUGAAUACUAUCUCACUUGUCAUAUUUACUUUUGAAGAUAUAACGAGUAUGAGACAAAGAAAUAAACAAAAAUUGACUAGUCCUAACAGAUCCUUGUUGGGAAGUUGAAUAAGGAGUUAAUAAUAUCGUGAUAGGAUGGCCCAAUGGCAAUGCAGGUUGGGUUUGUAAUAUCAGAUCCAUCCUUUCAUUCUCAUACUGGUUUUUUGUUAUGAAAUGACGCUGUGCCUUCCAGCCUUACUGCACACAACCUCCAAUCUCAGGAAAGAGAAAAGGAAAUUGGGAAACACGCUUCAGUUAUUGGAGAAAAACCUUCUAAUAUUGCUGGUAAAUCGUAGUUCAAUUAAAUAUAGAAUCAGAAUAACUUUGACUUUCUCUUUGCUUUCUUGUUUUUUGUCAAAUAUGCUUCCCAAAGUCUGUUGGUUCUUGUAGUUUCCUUGCAGGCCAGUAUCCUCUUCAACUCGCUCCCAAAAUGUAUUAAGAAAAAAUGAAAUUCUGCAUUCAGAUUUUGUUUCCGGUGUUGAAAUUGUUGAACCGGACAAUGAGUUCGAAAGGAACAUAACACAAGCAGACAAGGAAAGAGCAAAAGUUACAGACUUACGACUAAACACUGAACAAAGCCUUGGUCAGUCGAGCUAGCAAAAAUUGUAGUUCCCGACCAAGUUGAGUUUUCUAAUUUCUUCAUGGGCUUAACCAAGUGGCAUGCACCAAGUUUGACUAGAUCAUGUUUUAUGAAGCAUUUUGGACCAGGUGCCUUUUGAUAUAACCUGGUUGGGUCUGAGAUUAAGAAACAGUCAUGAGAAGGUCCUCAGAAGCUGAAAAUUUCGUCAAAAACCAAUUCUUCUGAAGAAAUAUGGGUGGGAGCGUUAAGUCCAAAAGCUCUUGUUGGCUAAUAAAAUAAUGUGCUACGUUCGGUGGGAGACGAUCUAGCACCACCAACUUUUAGCUCUACACGUUUGGGUGAUGCCAAAGCUAGAGCAAGGCAUGCCAGUGGGCCGCGACAACAUAAGGAAGGGCCUGAUAGCAGGAUUCCUUACAGGGUGUUCGAGUGUCACAAUGAGGUGGAGGCAGCCACCUGUUUGUGAAAGAGAAGAGGCAAACCAUUUCAUGGGGAGGCAAAAAUCAAAAGGGAGCCAAACUACAGAGGUAGGGAGGCAUGAUCUAAACCAAGCCGAACCGCUAGGCAGAGAGGCAGUGUGGGUUUGAGUGGAAUUGCGUGGAGCAGAAAGAUUACGAAGUCGAACCGCGUGAAGCGGGGAGAUCCUUAAAAAGGGCGCUUAACUACUUUGUAGGGAGGCAAAGAUGGAAUUGGGCCAAACUGCAAGAGCAGGGCGGCGAUGCUGAGGGUGAGCCAAACCACUUAACGUGGAGAGGCAGAUGUGGGAAGUGUGUCGAACCACCGGAGUGGGGAGAUACAAGAGUUAGCCGAGGAGGCAGUAUGCUGAAUCACGGAUGUGAGGAGGCGAAGUCAAAGUGGGGUUAGCUAAGCUUUGGAAUUGGAUGGAUUUCCAAGUUUGAGAAUGUGGUCUUUCCAGAGCUAGACAGUACUGGGGUACAUCAAACGACCGGGGAACCAUAGAGAUGGGACCAAGUGCCGAGGUACACCGGGAGUGUAAGGGAUCUGCCGAGGAAGUGACGGUUUGAGAACAAAGAUGUUGUUCAGAAUGGGCGAAGCUACCACUUUGAGAAAAUGAAGUACUCACAUGGAGUACGUCCCAAGAACUUGACGAGUGCCGGAGGGCGCAAAGUAUAUGAGUUGCCAAGGACACCACGGUGAAGCAUGGGUCAUUUAGGGGCCGUGUUACACGUCAAAUGGGACAGAGUGAGUUUGAAUAGCCACUAGUGUCAGUGUGUGGGCAAGUUACAUCGAUUUAUGGGGUCAAGACUUGAUUUGUUUAUGCAGCGGAUAUAUAUAGAUAUCUGAAGGUUAAAACACUGAAAUCUCAUUCAAAAACACUGAAAAUUUCAAAUAAUACCAUACUGCUACGCACUCUACAAUACCACGUCUCAGUAGCUUAUCCUUUCCGCGACAUGGGAAAGAGUGUUUGGAGCCCUGACUUUCAUUGACCCCGAUGCAGUAGGGCUGCACUAGUAUCUUUUGCUGGUUUUCUUCUCAGCCAAACUUCAUUUCCACCGAAAGACUUCCAAAUUAGGAUUUCAAGUCUUAGGUAUUUUCUAAGUACUAUUUGGUACUUGUUUGGGGUGCAAUAAACAAGUUUGGAUGACCAAUAAGCAGUCUACACAAUAUGUCUAGGAAUGAGUAGUUAUGUAUUGAGCGUGGCUAGAACGAGCCUCCACUUGCAACGACGAUUAUCAAGAGCUGGUGUAAUGAGACAACAAGGUACAAUAGACAAAGCUUAUCCAUGGAUGUCACUUGGUUAUAUCACAUGUACUGUCUUCUCCUCACAAAUGGUCUUAUUGUCCAUAAGUGGCAUCACAUGUGUGCAUUUUAAGAUUGUUCUUAUUGCCUUUUUAUUCUUAUUUUCAUUUUUAUGUUGCUUCGGCUAUCUUUCAAGAUCCUUACUUGAGUGUUAAGAGUAGACUCCAAUUUUUCGGGCUAGCUAGUAUGUGGACUGAUGUAUUAUUGUCUUUCAUGAGCGAAACUUAGAAAGUCAGGAAUCGAAGAGUGAGGCAAGGAAUUGAUGAGAGGAAACUAGGAUGAGCAUCAAGGAUCAUGGAAGGCCUAUAGAAUCAAAUAACUGAUGCGAAGGUUGUCUUUUUGUUGUCAACCAAAAUUACUAUUCUUGAGAAAGCUGCACUAGGAGUCAAACCGAUCUGAUAUCAGGAGAAUGUAGGUUGCGACAUUUUUUUCUCCAGGAGAUGUUUUUGGUUUAUUACUGUUCAUGGCGCCCAUAUUUUGACACUACAUACAGGAUUACAUUCAAAAGGAUUAUUAGGAAGAGAUCAACAGAACAGUUCUCUUGCAUGCCUUAUGUAAUAGCUUUGCUCACUUCCUUGGUCACAGCUUGGUACAGUUUACCUUUUGUGUCACCAGACAACCUGUUGGUAACUAUCAUUAGUUCCAUAGGCAUUGGCCUGGAGGCAACCUACGUGCUUAUUUUCCUCAUAUUUUCCUCCAAGAAAGAGAAGGCCAAGAUCUGCGGAUACCUCUUUGUGGUCCUUUCCAUCUUCUCAUGCCUCGCCUUGGUUUCCAUGUUAGCAUUUAAGGGCAAUAAAAGGAAACUCCUUUGUGGCUUUGCGUAUGCAGUUUCUAGCAUUAUGAUGUAUGGUUCUCCUCUCUCUGUAAUGAUGCUGGUGAUCAAAUCUAAAAGCGUGGAGUACAUGCCAUUCUUCUUGUCGCUAUCUGUUCUCAUCUGCAGUACCUCAUGGUCUAUUUUCGCCCUCCUUGGAAAGGACCCUUUCAUUCUUGUACCGAAUGUCGUUGGAACUUUAUUAGGAGCAGUGCAGUUGAUUUUAUACACAAUUUAUCGUGAUAACAGAAGGGAAGUCAAGAAAGAUGAAAUGAAUGAUGUAGUGGAGAUGAGGGUUGAAAAACUCCAGGAUAAAGAAGCUAGCUGACACCCAAAAUGCAUGAGAUUGGAAAUUCAUAAAUUUCAUUCAAAUGUACGCAAAGUUUCUGAAGUUAUAUACCUACUUAAAAAGUAUUAUCUUGUAACACUCCGUUUGGAUCGAUAGUUAUGGUUGCUUCUUUCAACUGUCUGGGAGCGAGCAUAUGCAACCACUUACCUUUCUAUACCUAUAAGAAAAUUAAAUACUGAGAUUGUGGUUAAUGCAGUCUUAAGCUUCUGAAUGCUCAACCCAUACCCAACUACUCAUCAGAAUUGCGUGCCUCUCGAGUCAUCUGAGUGGUAUUGCUAUGUUUUGAUAUGUCAAAUCACCUUUAUUUCA